CCGGAUAGUACUAUGAAAAUGGCAGUAAACACAGAUUUGUCCUCUUCGUUAGCUAGUGUUUUGAGUAGAAUAAGCACCGUCUCAGCUAUAGCAGGAAGAACAGUGAGGUUGGUUGCUGUAAGCAAAACGAAGCCCAUUGACAUGAUUGUUACAGCUUAUGAACUUGGACAAAGAAACUUCGGAGAAAAUUAUCCAUUUUCUUUUCUUUUCGAGGCGUCCGGUACAGCUAGCUUAGGGCGGAGUGACUUCAGCUCCUGACCAACUCCUGUAUGCACAGUGUAAACAAAAGCAUAUUACAGAACAUUGCAAUGCAUGACUAUUUUAUCAUCCCGCAAAAACCAGAUUAAAGAAUUAGAAGAAAAGGGGCAUUCAUCACGGAUACUGGAGAAGUGUCCAGAUAUCAAGUGGCAUUUUAUAGGACAUCUUCAAAGAAACAAAGUUAACAAGGUUCUUGAUGUGCCCAACUUGUAUUUGGUUGAGACGAUCGAUUCGGAGAAACUAGCCGAAGCAGUCAACUCUUCGUGGGGAAGACGGAAGAAAACAGAUCAUUUGAAAGUGAUGGUUCAGAUAAACACAAGUGAAGAGGAAAGUAAAAGUGGCUGUUCUAAGUGUGAUGCAUCGCGUCUUGUGAAAUACGUGAUUGAGAAAUGUUCCCAGCUGCAGUUCAUGGGAUUGAUGACAAUAGGAUCCCUCGAUCAUAAUCUGAAGGAUGGUCCAAAUCCAGAUUUCAAGGCUCUGGUUCAGUGUAAGGAUGACGUCUGCCGAGAACUUGAGCUCGAUAACCAGAGUGUUGAACUUAGUAUGGGAAUGUCAGGGGACUUCGAACAUGCAAUAGAACAAGGCAGUACUAGUGUUCGGGUAGGCAGCACAAUAUUCGGAGCACGAUCCUACCCAGACAAACCAAAGCAGAAGACAGAACAUUCGAAGGAUGUGGUGGACAAACUAGAUUCGCUUUCAUUACAGGAAAAACAGUUGGCAAAAGAUGCAGUGUAACAAUUUAACAUGGUAAUGACAGUUGUAGAGUAUUUUAUAUGAAAUAUGUAUUCAUUGCAUUCAACUUCUACAAGUAUAGAGGACAUUUUACUUCUUUCUGAAUGGACUCAUGAAAUAACAGUAUGUUUGUUGAAAUGAGUUGAGUAGAUCUAUUAAGCACAUUCACAUGACCAAAAUUUACACACUCACAUGAGUAAAUAUACGUUUUUAUUAUAUGCAUAUUUUACACACGUGUGCAAAACUAUAUUUGCUUAGUAUUUACAUGUCUACUGUAUAAAUAGGAAGAUGGCCCAAGUAUAAUCUCAUUUCAACCAUUACAGAAAUAGUUGAACAGAUUUGCUCAGGUAAGCAAGUUUUGCUGUGCAUACACAUGACCAGAUAGUGUCUACGCGGGCAAUACUUUUACUUA